UUUGGACGCCCUUCCAUCUAGAGUCUUCCAUUCCAUAUUCCAACACCUUCUCACGCUAUUUUACUCCUUCUCAUCCUCUUUCUCUUCAUCCUCCUUUCUCAUCAUUUUCAGGGCGUUUCGUCUUCUCCUUAUUUCCCCCCUUUCACCUUGGUUUUUCAGGAUUCCGUAAAACAAUGUCUCGCGGUAACCAGAGGGACCGAGAUCGUGAAAGGGCUCAGGCAAGAGCUGGUGGAAAAACUAAGCAAUCUAAGGAUGAUGGCUUGACUCCUGAACAGCGCAGGGAAAGGGAUGCGAAAGCAUUGCAGGAGAAAGCGGCUAAGAAAGCUGCUCAGGCUGCAGGAGGAAAUAAUGCAGGUGGUGGCAGAGGCAAAAAAUAGGCAAGCUUGUUGAGUUGGGGAAUGGGAGAAAUUGUAUUUGCUUAUUAUAUAUAGUACGGGCUUUUGGUUGAGUCAUCUGCGCAUGCCAUUUCAGAUAAACAAUUGAAUAACUUGUUUAUUAGCUUGGAGGGCAUUGAUGUUGGCUUUUAAUCCUUUGACUUCUAUAUAAUUUGGAAUGCAAUUUGUCGUAGCUUGUUAUGAUGUUUUGUUUCCUUUCUUUC